UGCAGAGAAACUCCAGCAAAACUCUGAAGUCUCUCAGACUCAAAACCAUCAGGCUCCAAGAUGAUAUUGCUGUUCUUUUUGUUUGGUCUCUCUCAGGCUGCUGUGGUUCCGUCAGACAGACAGGAGUGGGGCAGCUGUUUCCCAUCCUGGUUCGGCUUCAAUGGGCGCUGCUACAAGUUCGUCGCCACCCCGAUGACCUGGGCUGAUGCAGAGCAGCACUGUGUGAACCAAGGAGCCAACCUGGUGUCCAUCCACAGCCUGGAAGAAGAGAACUUUGUCAAAAUGCUGAUCAGAAACUUUGAUCCCACUCAGAGGCCCAACUGGAUCGGACUGUCUGACAUUCAUAAGGAUGGAAGAUAUUUCUGGUCUGACGGGUCCAGAUUCGAUUUUACCUUUUGGAAAACAGGAGAACCAAAUGACAGCAGACAAUCUGAACCGUGUGUGCACACCAACUGGAGGCAGAACAAGAAAUGGAACGAUACAUUGUGUGGAGCUAAAUAUUCCUUUGUUUGCAAAGCUCGCCUAUAUUGGCAAUAGCUAACAAUAUAAUUUUAAGAUUAUAAAACC